AUGACACUAUUACUAAUGAGAAAUCCUUAUUCAUUUUCAUUAGAAACAUCAACAUUAAUAGCUGAUCAUGAUGCUGGAUUAAAUAUUUCAAAACAACCACGAACAACUAAAUUAACUAAACAACAAAAAGAUCAAUAUAGUCUUGCACAACGUGAUCCAGCUGCAUUUUUUGAAGAAAUUAAAAAACGUUUAUUAGCUUAUCAAGCUGAAAAUUCAAGUAUAGCUAAACUUCGUGGUCUUUCACAAUCAUUUAAUGUACAAAAUAAAGUUUUAUUUAAUGAUCAUCGAACAGUUGAUGAUGAUUCAUUAGCUGUUCUUGAUUCACAAAUAGCUAAAACAAUUGAUGAUGCUGAUAAUUGUUUAUUUGAAAUACCAACAACUAAAUUUACACAACGAUAUAGAUCAUCAUCAAUGAUUAAAUAUCAAGAUAAUUCAUUAUUAAGAAAUAGUUUUACAAGAUCAGAUUCAGGUGUUGGAACAGAUACAUCAGAAAAAGACAAUGAAAUGUUUCGUUGUCAACAUGGACAACGUUUAUCAACAAUUAAUGUUAUUUGGUAUCCAUCACUUGACAGUAAUAAUGCUCUUUUAUCAACAAUUCCACAAAUUCAUGAUCAUAUAACAUUUAAAGAAUUUCGACAAUUAUUUAAAAAACAACCUAUUUUCAGAUAUUUCUUUAAAACUACAUGUACACCAGAUAUAAAUAAAGAGCAGUAUGUAUUUCGUGAAUUAACUAUGGACGAUGAAUUAGUGCCAUAUUAUGAUGGCAAAAUUUUUGUACAAUUAGAUCGAAUUUCUUAA